UGAUUGGACAGAAUUUCACCACCUCAGCUUCAUAUUUUAGCUAACUCCUUUAUUCAUUCACAAGCUGUUCCACCUCCCUUACAACCACCACACAACCUCCACAGUCCUCCUCUAAAAGGAUGGCCACUGCCGCAACCGCAACCGCCACCGCGGCAUUGCAAUGUUCACCGAAAACCUCCAUCACAUGUCUAUCAAACAAGCACAUACUAACUGAGCCAUUCCAAGUAAAAUUUGAUUCAACAAAGAAAACAUACUCACCCUUAAUUUCCAUUGCCUACAAACGGAGGAUAGCUGUCUCUGUGUCCGAGGAACAAACUGUAAACACAACUGAAGAAGAGGUGGAAGAAACACAAGGUGAAGGUGAAGGUGAAGGUGAAAGUGAUGAAGUUGAAAUGAAUAAUACAAAGCUUUACUUUGGGAAUUUGCCUUAUCAUUGUGACAGUGCUCAACUUGCUGGUAUUGUUCAAGAUUAUGGCAACCCUGAAUUGGUUGAGGUUCUAUAUAAUAGAGACACAGGAAGAAGCAGAGGAUUUGCAUUUGUGACAAUGAGCAGUAUUGAAGAUUGCAAAGCCGUUAUUGAUAAUCUCGAUGGAAGUGAAUAUGGUGGAAGAUAUUUAAGAGUGAAUUUUGCUGAUAACCCAGUAAAAAGAGCACCUUUAUUUCCAGAAACAGAGCACAAGUUGUUCGUUGGUAACUUGUCAUGGUCAGUCAACUCAGAGAGUUUAUACCAAGCGUUUCAAGAGUACGGAAAUGUGGUUGGAGCAAGAGUGUUGUUUGAUGGAGAAACUGGAAAAUCUCGAGGUUAUGGUUUCGUUUGCUACUCUACAAGGUCCGAAAUGGAGUCUGCCCUUGCUUCUCUUAAUGGAGUGGAAUUAGAAGGCAGAGGGAUGAGAAUAAGCAUGGCAGAAGGCAAGAAAUUAUAAGUGAAGUGAAGGACAUUGUUAAGACUCAACAAGUACGUGUGUGUCAACUUCUUUUGUCAUUUCAAAACAAAACAAAAACAAAAACAAAAAAGAAAACAAAGGGAUGAAUUUAUAUUGAGAUGUUUCUUGUGUUAUCAUUCUCAAUAAUCAACAUUUUACAACUGUACCA